CGAAGCAUGCAUUUCAAAAUAAAGAGAGGAUUUUUCGGAGCGCUUUUACAAUCAGACGAUAAAUUCGUCGUCGGACGUCCUGGGGAGGCCGGUCCGUCACCGGAUGACCAAGCGCUCCGUCACCAUCGGUUGUCCGUGCUCCGAUGGUCCGUCCGACUGACGGUGAUCCUUAUGGCUCUGGCGGUGGGUUAGCAUGAUAUAAGGGGGGCGAAAUAGAUUCGCAGCUGUCUUCGACAAAAGACUGAGAAAGAUGUGCAGCAUUCACCACCGGAAUGCCUGGAUCGAUGUAGGUGAUGACGAAGGCCCGUUACGACUGCACUACGUCGAGGCCGUUGCCAGCGACAAUGCCCGCAAGGACAAACCAGUCGUCCUUCUCAUCCAUGGCUUUCCCCAGACGAGCCACCAGUAUCGACACGUGAUGGCACCGCUCGCCUCGCACGGCUUCCACGUCCUGGCGCCAGACUACCGCGGAGCAGGCAAAAGUUCCCGCCCUCGCGGUGGCUACGACAAGGCGACGAUGGCCGAAGACCUCUUCAAGCUCGUCCAGCACCUGCACGUCCCCCUGCCUAUCCAUGUCGUUGGGCACGAUCUUGGCGGCAUGGUAGCACACGCGUUUGCGACGAGCUUCCCGCAGGCGACCGCGUCGAUUGCGUGGGGCGAGUGUCCAUUGCCUGGCUCGUCGCACUACGAAGCCUGCCGCUUCUCUGUCGCCAAAUUCCACUUCCUCUUCCACUGCGUCCCUGACGGCCUUCCCGAGGCUCUCGUCGCGGGCCGUGAGGGUUUAUACAUGCAGCAGUUCUUUGACAGGCUGACGGUGCGGACGGAGAACCUCUCACCAGACACGAUCAGGCACUACGUCGAGGCAUACUCGAGACCAGGUGCCAUGAGGGCGGGCAUGGACACCUACCGCGCCUUCGAGGCCGACGCUCGGCGCAACAUCGAGGUCAGACAGGCGCAAGGUAGCUGCACCGUGCCCUCGCUCCUCAUCUCGGGUGCCCUAAGCUCUCACGCGAGCGAGGCCGCGGCCAUGGGUGCCGAGUUCUACACCUCCCCGAAGACGGCUCUCGUCGAGGGAAGCGGCCACUACCUGGCUGAGGAGAACCCAGCGGACUUUGUCGCAAAGCUCGUCGCCUUUUUCAAGUCGGUGCCGUCGGCAUCGGACCUUUCUGACUAGCUUGAUAGCUGACCCAAAUUUAAUGCACCGUGCAC